GUUGGCUCUGAAAAUAAAAGAACUGAAAGUCCCACCUACCAUUCAAAUGGGAGAGAGGGUCAGGCUAGAGUGCGUCUUCGAUGCAGAACACGAAGACCUUUACUCUGUAAAAUGGUACAAAGAUGACGAAGAGUUUUUUCGUUUUCUGCCUAAAGAUAAACCAGCUAAUCAGUUCUUCGAAAUCCAAGACAUUCAGGUAGAUAUGAGUCGAUCAUCUAAUGGUACAGUCUACUUACAAAAUACAAGCAGAGCGGCUGAAGGUACUUACAGAUGCGAAGUUUCUGCAGAUGCACCUUCAUUUCAGUCCAUAUCAAGUGAAAAAUUUAUGGCGGUGAUAGAUCCACCUGUUGUUAUACCCCAGUCUGCUGCUCAAAUUUCCCCUUGGACACUUCGAUUAAUUCUCUUGGUGUGCUUUCAUCUCAUACUUUACCAGUAACAGAUAUUCCGCCAUUUGUCUCGCUACCUAAGGUGCCUGAUGACUUCGAAGUUGCUUCAAGAAGCUACUGACUGCUCAACUGGGAGUUGCAGAGAAAAGUGAAAUAACAAUGCUUACGAGUAGAACUGCUGCUGAUAUGCUGAAAUAAAUUUCAGUAACUACAGUUAAUCAGCAUGUGCAAGCCUUAGUAAAGAACUGGGACAUAUAGAUCUUAAAGUAUCCAGAUACUGUUUUCUUGCUUUUUGGACUCUAUUUUAAGGCGGGCAUAUAACGUCAGUUUUCUUUAUACCUCAGAUGGAAAAAGGAAUUUUAUUUUUUCUAUUUCAUUCAUUCGUACUUUGUAUUAUAAUAUUUAUUUAACUAGUUAUUUUUAUUGCAAAAGUGCAUUUAGCUUCGAUUGCAGAGCUAGAAAUCUAAGGUAAAGUUUGGAAUUUAAAGCCAAGGACAGUAGCUAAAUAAAAUUUUACUGUCAGUUCAUAUUUGAUAUUUUAUUUUAAAUCAUGCAAGUUUCGUAGAAAGGUUUAUUGGUUAAGAAAUAAUUUAACAGCUCUUAUGCAGGCUGUAAAGUUUAAAAUUGUGGAAUGUAAUUUAUUUACGUCAGUAUGUUCAAGAAGUAUUUUAAGACAUUGAAAUUAAGAUAUAUGUAUAAGUUAUAUAGAAAACGGACUCUGAAAUGGUAUAGUAAGUGAUAAAUGUUCAAUUUUUAUCAAGUAAAAAACACCGUAUUCGCUUCAAUAGUACCAUCAAAUAUGGUUCAAUAUAUAUUUUACUAAAACAAAGCAUUUUAUAAAUUUUUGGACAGAAAUUUAGUACAUUAAAUAGUUAAUUUGACAAGUCAACCUGAAAUUUAUCAGCCAUUUAUUUUCUUUACCUUCAUGUUCUUGCAGAAAUGAAAACUCGACUGUAAUGCAUCUGUUGUUUGUAAGCAAAAUAAAGUUCAUUUUAG